UAUCUUGAGCCAGACUUCGAUCCAUCGACGCUGACCGUCCCACGCUUGCGAUCCAUCCUGGUUGCGCACAACGUGAAUUACCCUUCAUCGGCCAAGAAGCAGCAGCUGAUCGAUCUGUUCAACGAGAAUGUCGUUUCCCAGGCGCGCAAGAUCCGGGCGGCGAAUGCGCGCGUGAAGCGGACAAGCAGAGGCAUCGAGGACAUUGGCACAGGACGAAAGGGAACAGGCGCUGGUGACCCUGUCGAUGAGAUUCCGCCUACGCCAGCGACGACAAGAAGCUCGAGACGAACGACUCGCGCGCGAACCGAGGAAGCGCAAGAGGUCGAGCCAACACCACCACGAGGCCUGCGUCAUAGCACUGCGCCGCCAGAAGGUGGCGUGACGCCGAGAGUGGUUUCGGGAAAGCACGCCACCAUCAUGGAAGAAGAGUCCACGCCGAAGAGGCCGCGACAAGAGAGAUCCGAGCGCUCAGUAUCGCGGACAGCGAGAACUAGGCAGAGCGCCGCGACUCCAGUGGCUGUCAAGGAGGAAGAUGACGAGAGCAGUCCCUUCUCCAAUGAGAAUGUCUUCCAGUCGCACGCCACCCCCUCAGAUCAGCUUCGGCCACUAUCUCGAGAUUCCGAGCGCAGACGCACCACCAUGAGUACCGCCAGAUCCUCCAGCGCCGCGCGCGAUUUGGAGAGACGGAAUCGAGACUUACGCAGGCGGACCGACGAGCUUCGUCCAUUCCGACCACAGACAGAUGGAGCUGUAGUGCCUUCGCGCAAGACCUUCGACGUACCCACCGCAAAGCAGGACCAUGUGGCCAUCUCAGAAGAAUUCACUCCAGAGGAAGCGCAAGAAUUGGUCACUGCACAAGCAUCGGGCGAGCUCUUGCCUGUUCGACGACAGACUCAGCGCCCUGGAAAGGUUGCGAAGCGUGGUGUUGGCGCAGUUCUGCUAGUCAUGGCAUCUGCUGUCGGUGGCCUUUGGCGACAGGAGAAGCUUCAAGUGGGCUACUGUGGAGUGGGACAGCCGUCAACCGAGAUCGCUGGUGUUGAGAUUCCACCAUGGGCAGACGUCGUUCGACCACAGUGCGAGCCAUGUCCGCCACACGCCUUCUGCCACGAGAACUUGCACACCGAGUGCGAGAGUGGCUUCGUAUUGACGCAGCAUCCUUUGUCAGUCAACGGACUCAUUCCUCUACCACCCACUUGCGAGCCAGACAGCGCCAAAGCACGAAAGGUCAACGCUGUUAAGGAACGCGCUGUGGAAGCGCUGCGACUCCAAAACGCCAAGUACGAAUGUGGUGAAGCAUCUGUCCCAGCUUUGAAAGAGGCCGCACUCAAGACUGCCAUUGCCACGAAACGCCGCAAAGGCAUGUCCAACGAAGAAUUUGAACAUCUCUGGUCGUCUGCCAUCGGCGAGAUUGUGAACUCUGACGAGAUCGUCAGUGGAAUUCUCCGCCUCCCCAGCGCCGAACCAACCCUCCGAAGCACAUCCCUCGCACGAAUCCCCUUGUCCUGCGCCCUCCGAAGAUCAAUUCGCCAAACGCUUAGAGAGUAUCUUUGGCAAGUUAUAGGCGUCUUACUCGUGCUCUCUGGAGCUUCUUACACCCGCUACCGAAUUACGACUGGGAAUGAGACGGAAGUUAGAGCUAAGCAAUUGGCCUCUCAUGCUCUGGAAAAGCUUAGCUACCAAGCGGCGCUGCAUGCUCAGGACGCAGACCUGUAUCAAGAGAACUACAUCUCUGUUGCACAGUUGAGAGACGAUGUGCUACGUGAUGAGUUCAGCGCCAGUCGAAGGAAAGCACUUUGGGAGAGAGUGGCGCAGAAAGUAGAGGGAAACAGUAAUGUGAGACCCAUGGUAAGAGAAGGUAGAAGUGGUGACGUGGGACGAGUCUGGGAGUGGGUCGGUGCUGUGGCU